AUGAGUUCUACAUCAAAUCUACAGUAUAACGAAAUACCCAAAAAGUAUAUUGACCCAUCAGUAUCUAAAGAUAAAGGAGAAGGAUCACGAAUAAAUGGUAAAGAUUGGAAAUUAAAAAAAGAUGCUUUCAGAGUAAAAACUUUAGGAAUAAGUAAAAAAAAUUCAUUUAAAGAAAGAGAAUUGAAAAAAUUACAGGAGCAACAAUAUAAAGAACGGUUAAAAGAAUUAAAAGAUGAAAAAAAUCAAAUAAAGAAACAAAAAAUUGAUGAUUUAAAGAAAAGAAGAGAAAUUAAAGCAGAAAAGGAAAGAUAUGAAAAAAUGGCUGCUAAAAUGAAUGCUAAAAAAAUUGAAAGAUUGAAGAAAAGGGAAAAGAGAAAUAAAUUAUUAAAAGAAAGAUAA